AUGCACUCGCCAUGGUUUGAUCCAACAUUUCCAGAGCCUUUAAAUUUUGGGGCUAUUGGAACUUUGAUAGGUCACGAAAUUUCUCAUGGAUUUGAUUCUUCUGGUUUUCAUUUUGAUGAAAAUGGUGAUAGAAUUGAUCAAAAAGAUGUAGAUAAAGAAACACACAAAAAGAUGGAAGAAAGAUUUGAAUGUUUUAUCGAACAAUAUAAUAAUUAUGAGAACAACAAAUUACGCCCAAAUACUCGUUUUACAUUAUCAGAAAAUAUAGCUGACAAUGCUGGUAUUCGGGCAUCAUAUAGAGCUUGGAAAUUAUUUACAACUACUCAAAGAAAAUUUAAAAAUUUAGAAAAUUCUUUAAAUAAAUUUACUGAUGAACAAAUGUUUUUCAUUGGAAAUGCAUUUACUUAUUGUUCCGUAAUGACAGAAGAAGACGCAAAUAAUUAUGCAAAAACAGAUAAUCAUGCUCUUCCAAAAGCAAGAGUUAAUUUGCCUCUUAGUAAUUUCCAAGCAUUUGCAAACGCAUUUGAAUGCCCUUCUGGAAGUAAAAUGAAUAAUAAUGAACAAAAAUGUCAACUUUGGUAA